AUGUCGGAUUCAUUACAGCAGAUGAAGAUUCAUUUGGCCUCACGUUCAAUCUUUGAUGUAAUAAUAGGCAUGUCCAACAUCCUUUUUGCAUCUGGUUCCGGAGAACGUGGAUCCUUCAGGAGUUUACCCUGCUAG